CCCUCUGAGCGGCCCAUGAGCACUCUCUCAGAAUGAACUGCAUGUCAGAUUUCUUCACCUACGAGACCACCAAGUCUGUGGUUGUGAAGAGCUGGACCAUUGGGAUCAUCAACCGGGCGGUCCAGCUUCUCAUCAUCUCCUACUUUGUGGGAUGGGUUUUCCUGCACGAGAAAGCGUACCAGGUUCGGGACACGUCCAUUGAGUCCUCGGUGGUAACCAAGGUGAAGGGCUUCGGACGCUACGCCAACAGAGUCAUGGAUGUGUCUGACUAUGUGACACCACCCCAGGGCACCUCCGUCUUUGUCAUCAUCACCAAGAUGAUCGUCACGGAAAACCAGAUGCAAGGGUUCUGCCCCGAGAGCGAGGACAAGUACCGCUGUGUGUCCGACAGCCAGUGCGGGCCUGAGCGCUUCCCGAGUGGGGGGGUCCUCACCGGCCGCUGCGUGAACUACAGCUCCGAGCUCCGCACCUGCGAGAUCCAGGGCUGGUGCCCUGCCGAGGUGGACACGGUGGAAAGGCCUGUCAUGAUGGAAGCCGAGAACUUCACCAUUUUCAUCAAGAACAGCAUCCGCUUCCCCCUCUUCAACUUUGAGAAGGGGAACCUCCUUCCCAACCUGACCGCCGCCGACAUGAAGACCUGCCGCUUCCACCCUGACAAGGCCCCCUUCUGCCCCAUCCUGCGGGUGGGGGAUGUGGUCAAGUUUGCGGGGCAGGACUUUGCCAAACUGGCCAGCACGGGCGGGGUCCUGGGCAUCAAGAUCGGCUGGGUGUGCGACCUGGACAAGGCCUGGGAGCAGUGCAUCCCCAAGUACUCCUUCACCCGGCUCGACAGUGUUUCUGAGAAGAGCAGCGUCUCCCCAGGCUACAACUUCAGGUUUGCCAAGUACUACAAGCUGGAGAAUGGCAGCGAGUACCGCACGCUCCUGAAGGCCUUUGGCAUCCGCUUCGACGUGCUGGUGUACGGGAACGCGGGCAAGUUCAACAUCAUCCCCACCAUCAUCAGCUCCGUGGCCGCCUUCACCUCUGUGGGAGUGGGGACUGUCCUCUGUGACAUCAUCCUGCUCAACUUCCUGAAGGGGGCCGACCAAUACAAAGCCAAGAAGUUUGAGGAGGUGAACGAGACGACGCUGAAGGUCGCUGCCUCGGCCAAUCCAGUGUUCCCCAGCGACCAGACCCCAGAGGAGAAGCAGUCCACUGACUCGGGGGCCUUCUCCAUUGGCCACUAAGGCCUCCACCCAGGGCCCCACACGCACUGCUGGGCUCCACACCUCCCAACAGAGGACCCCACUGGGCAAGGGGGAUGGGAGAGGGCGGACUCUCCCUUCUGCUGCUCAUCCCACGGGGCCACAGCUGGAAGGCGUCUGGGCCCCCCAGUGCCCCUCCCCCCCCCCCAACUGAGCCUUCACUCUCACCUUCACCCCAUGCCUGGCCCCUGUCUGCUUCCCAGGACCCCCCGGGGCAACAGCACCUGAGUCUUCCCCUUUCCAAAGAAUAGAGAUAAUAAUAGUAAUAAUGAGUGCCUGCCAAGUGCCCGGCACUUCACACACACUAUCUCAUUUAAUCCUUAGAAGAAUCCUGUAACAUAUUUAGAUAUUAGGCUCGCCAUUUUGAAGAUAAUCUGAGGCUCAGAGAGACUGAAUCAUUUGCCCAAGGUUACACAGCCAGGCAUCGAGAGAGCUGGGAUUUGAACCCAGGUCUCCAUUGCCUACACCUCACUAGAGAAAAGGCACUCCCACAGGUGUCCGCUGCUGCUUCAGCCUCCUCCACCCUGACCAAGAUUAGGUUCAGCUUAAUAAAGAGUAAGCCCCGCCCUACCCGGUUUGGCUCAGUGGAUAGAGCAUCAGCCUGCAGACUGAAAGGUCCCAGGUUCGGUUCUGGCCAAGGGCACAUGCCCAGGUUGCCGGCUCGAUCCCCAA